AAGCUGAGUUCAGCUGCUGUCUUCAAUCGUUACCUUCAUUAUUUCCAAAGAGUAAUGUGUAGUAUAUCGUGUUAUAUCCCAGGACUAGCCUAUGGUAAUGUGUGGCAGGUGCAUGGCUCUCUUCAUUUGAUUGAUAGAUCGACAAUCAUACUCUGAUGUGUUGCUCAAAUGAAAUGGCCAAUUUUCAUCAGCACUAGAACAGUGCCCUCAAUGUUUUUCAGUUCCCAAACAGUUCAAGCAUUUGCUCUUGAGCUUCGUUGCGACAGGAGACACUCUACUUGGGUAUCUUUUGCCGUCAGUUGUUUGGUUUUUCACUGGACCUCGAGCGACACGCCGACACCAAUCGACAGAAAGCCGCUAAAAUUUGGCAAUAGAUUACUAAAACUCAGUUCAGUUUGAUUUUGCUACAGAUAUUCAACAUCGAAAGUGUUCAGGCAUAUCUUGAAAAUGAACAACUCUACAAUUUCAAGCAACUCAACCUUUCACAGUGGUAACUGCGAGGAGAUUGGAGCCAAGUCGGUCCCGUUCAAAAUCGCGUUUAUAAUACUUUAUAAUUUGAUCGGUGUUAUUGCUAUUUUUGGGAAUUCCUUUUUGGUCUAUAUUAUUUACAAGACACCGAGGAUGAAGAGCUCAUUUAAUUACUUUACCGCAAACAUGGCCGUCUCCGAUAUUAUUGUACAAUUUUGCUCCAUCCCUAGACUGGUGACUGACUUAGUGUUUGACCGCGUCAGAACAUGGCUGAUAGCAGACACAAUGGGGGUUGUUCUUUGUAAGCUUAUGUUUUUCAUACAAGAUAUAUGUACUGCUGUAUCGAUUGAGUGUAUUGUUCUUAUUGCCAUCGAUCGCUUUCUUGCUGUUGUUACUCCUACCAAGAUGAGAUUGACAUCACAUGGAAGACAUAGAGUAAUUGUCAUUGUCAUGACAUGGGUCAUAGCCAUGCUUCUGCACGCUCCGUAUCUACACUUCCAAACAGUUGCAACAAAUCGGGAUGGUAGUAUGUCAUGUGCAAUUGACUGGAGCCCAUUCCCACAGCAUUACCAUACCAAAUACAUGGCGAUUCUUGUCACCAUUUUGAUUUUUAUUCCUCUAGGGGUUAUAACUAUCCUUUAUGGCGUCAUCUUUACCAUCGUCAAGCGCAGGAAAAUUCCUGGGCAUGCUUCAAGCGAUAAGCGACAGUUCCGGCACUACGAAAAGGUGAAAUCCAACGUGCUACAAUUGUCAAUCGCUGUAGUGUCAGUGUUUAUUAUAAGUUGGGCACCAAACGUCGUCUUAUGGGCGCUUCUGAUGACUGUAUGGGGCUGGCGCGUACCUUGCAAAAUGUUUCCCUUUAGAUUCUUCGCGUUCUUAAUGGGGAUGUCAAACACGGCUACAAACCCGUGGAUUUAUUUCAUUUUAAGCGCAAACUACAGACAAGCAAUCCAGAAACUAUUGUCCUGUGGUAAGCUAUAUCAACAUCGCCUUAGCUCAAGAAGGUCAAAAACAUGGGCAACUCGACAGACUAACAGUGGUGCUGAAGCAGACAUAGGAGGCCAAUUACAGCUUGAACAGCAAUUGAUGUCAACAUCUUUGUAAAACUAACCCAGUAGCUGCCAAUACCAGCCGUUUUUGAUUCAAAAUUAUUCCGCUAUUCAAUGACACUAUGAAAAAAGAAUUCAAAUUGAAGAAAACGCUUGGCAAUUAACGGUGCAGUUCAGAUGUCAAAUUACCGUUAUACUCGUUGAUGAAGUUAUUGGAUUAAUUCAAUUUUCUCAUUUUCUGCUAAUGCAUUAUAUUAGAGCAGAAUGUUGAGUAAUUUUGAGCAUCCCGCAACCAAACAGCAUUACUGCACUUUCUGGAAGUACAAUUCAGCUUCUGUAUGUCAUGUAACAUCAUCGUACAAAUCGAAAAAAAAACUAGACUAUUUCAUGAGUCGUGAAAUUUACUUCAUUAGUACAUUACCUGCAUAUUGUAAUUAGGUUUUCAGGCUCACUAGAAUGUCAGUGAAUGUAUUAGUAGUUGUUCAUAUUUAGCCGUCAGUCAAAUCAGACAAAAGAAACUGGAAUAAAAUAAAGUCAAAUUAUGCAGCUUGACGGUCAGUGGGCUUGUGAUCAAGGAUGAAAUUUCAAUGGAGCAUUUGUUUGUUGUUUGUUCUAAUAAUCAAACGUGAAAAACGAAACGUUCUCGACGAUAACGCUACAGAUCAAAAUUAAAUUUAACUGACCUAUUCGCUACUGGCUAAAUAGAAUACAAAAAGAAAAAGAAACAAGAAAUACAGGGUUAUCGAGGCUGGGAAAGUAACCCAUAUAGCCGAGUACUGCAAACCAAUAUUAGGUAAACAAGUUAAAAGGUUUUUCUGUAUUAUUUGGACUGUAGAGCAAGUGUACUAUUUAUCAGCGCGAUAUCUUGACAACGCCGAGUCGUAAACACU